AGGAUGCCUGGGCCCGUCCCGCGCGGCCCCGGGUGAGGCCCGCCAGCGUGCCUGCCGGCGCCAUGGGAAGGAGCGGGCGCCGCUGCUGCUGCCUCCUGCCUGCGCGCGCACGACUUGAACCCAGCUGCGGGCAGCCCCCGGCCGCGGGUCCCCGAGUGACGCUGGCGGCAUCUGGGAGCUUGGCGCGGGCCCGGGGCCACGUCGAGGAGCCCAUUGUCCAGUGAAACAGCCGAGGACCCGCCGCCCGCGCCGCCGCCAUGGUUAUGUCCCAGGGCACCUACACGUUCCUCACGUGCUUUGCCGGUUUCUGGCUCAUCUGGGGUCUCAUCGUCCUACUCUGCUGCUUCUGCAGCUUCCUGCGCCGCCGCCUCAAACGGCGCCAGGAGGAGCGGCUGCGUGAGCAGAAUCUGCGCGCCCUUGAGCUGGAGCCCCUUGAGCUCGAGGGCAGCCUGGCCGGGAGCCCCCCCGGCCUGGCGCCCCCGCCACCACCUCACCGCGGCCGUCUCGAGGCGCCGGCGCACGCCCACCAGCACGUGCACGUGCACCCGCUGCUGCACCACGGGCCCGCGCAGCCGCACGCGCACCCGCACGCACACCACCACGCGCUUCCGCACCCACCGCCGCCGCACCUAUCAGUACCGCCGCGGCCGUGGAGCUACCCGCGCCAAGCGGAAUCGGACACGUCCAAGCCACCGUGCUACGAAGAGGCGGUGCUGAUGGCCGAGCCGCCGCCGCCCUACAGCGAGGUGCUCACGGACACGCGCGGCCUCUAUCGCAAGAUUGUCACGCCCUUUCUGAGCCGCCGCGACAGCGCGGAGAAACAAGAGCAGCCGCCGCCCAGCUACAAGCCGCUCUUCCUGGACCGGGGCUACACGUCGGCGCUGCACCUGCCCAGUGCCCCGCGGCCCGCGCCGCCCUGCCCUGCGCUCUGCCUGCAGGCGGACCGCAGCCGUCGGGUCUUCCCCAGCUGGACCGACUCGGAGCUCAGCAGCCGAGAGCCACUGGAGCACGGAGCUUGGCGCCUGCCGGUCUCUAUCCCCUUGUUCGGGAGGACUACAGCCGUAUAGAGGGCGCCCGGCGUCCCGAGCCCCACCCGCGGACUCCUGGCCUGAUUG